AUGAUUGCAAGAACGUUUUUAAAUGUGUAUCAAACAGAUAUCACUCAGAGUGCCUACCUGGUUUGCAAGAGAGGGCUAGAGGGAAUGGUGAACAUGUCUAAGGAUUCUGAAGAUGUUCCUAUUGAGAAUGAGCCAAUAUCAGCUACUGAAGAUACCAAUGAUGACGAAAAUAUAGAAGUUACAGAAGUUAAAGAAGUCAAGGAAAUUAAAGAUGUUAAAGAAGUCAAGGAAGCUAACGAAGAUGACGAGGUACCUAAGGAACAGGGCGAAUUGAAUGAUGAUGAUGAUGAUGAUGAUGAUAAUUCUAGCGAUGAUUUUGGUAAUUUUUCAGAUGCUUCCAUAGAACAAGAUGAGGGACCAGUUGAUGGAGACCUAAUUAAUAAUUAUUUAGAUGCUAUAUUUCCUUCAAAUUUAUACGAAGAUAAAAGUGACCCUGAAAUUGAAAGAAAACUUGUAGAAUUAGUAUCCGAUGAAAGACCUGCUGUUAUUUAUGAACAAUUGGUACAAUUGGACACCGUGUUGGUGCCUUUUAUUUGGAAUAAAUCCUUCAUAAAAUCAACUUUAUUGCAUAUACUAAGGAUUAAUGAUGAUGCCGUUGAUAUUAACCCAGUUAUGGAAGAAAAACCUUCAGAUGAUUCGUUGUUCUCAAGAAUACUAAAUACUAUUAAUAGUAAUAUUCAACCUACGAAUACAAUAAUGGCUGAUCAAUUCAAAUUUAAAUAUAUACCACCAUUAACACAUAGAUCAUUAAUUGAGGAAGAGGAGAAGGAACAAGAAUCAAAUAUACCGAGACUAAUAGCAAUGGAUGUGGAUAGUUUAGAGUCAAAUUCGGCUGUUUCAGAAUUACAACAAUAUCAUGAUCAACUGUGUAAUGCAAUUGAUUUAUUAUAUGUCAAACUAAAAGUUUUAAGUAAGCAUGAGAAUGACUUAAUAAGAGAUAAGACAACGUUUGAAAAUGUGGUUACAAACUUAACAAGUCAUGCGCAAAGAUUACAUAGGGAUGAGAUUGCAAAUUAUAACAAGAAAAAGAAGCAUAGAUAUAGCUGGAUAGGACGUUAA